AUGGGAGAAGUCAAACAAUCUAGCAACAUAGGAAACAGUGGAGAUGAACCCAUUGCCAUUAUUGGCUUGGCCUUUGAGUUCCCUCAGGGAGCAACGUCCGAUCAAGCUUUCUGGCAGAUGAUCUUGGAUGGAAGGUCGGCGAGCACCGAAUUCUUUCCGGAUCGAAUGAAUAUCGAUGCAUUCUACCACCCGGACUUAAAUCGUCCUAGUUCCAUCCCACUUAGAGGCGGCCAUUUCGUCCAGGAAAAUUUGGGCUCAUUUGUUGCCCCAUUCUUCUCUAUCACACCAGAGGAGGCGGCGUGUAUGGACCCCCAGCACCGCCGGCUUCUUGAGACCGCUUAUCAUGCUCUUGAAGAUGCGGGAGUUCCCAUCAGCAAGUGCUCUGGUUCCAAUACAUCUGUCUAUACGGGAUGCUUCACAAAUGAUUAUCUCAGUAUUUUACAACAAGACUAUGAUGCCGAGCAAAGACACGCUGCUAUAGGCAUUGCGCCUUCGAUGUUAGCCAAUCGACUGAGCUGGUUCUACAACUUCAAAGGCACCUCGAUGAAUCUAGACUCGGCAUGCUCCAGCAGUUUGAUCGCGCUGCAUCUUGCCUGCCAGGAUCUCCGUGCGGGCAGCUCUGAAAUGGCACUCGUGGGAGGCGCAAAUCUCGUCUAUCAUCCCAACUUCAUGAAAAUCAUGUCCGACUUCAACUUUCUCUCUCCAGAUAGUCGCUGCUGGAGCUUCGACAAGCGAGCUAAUGGCUACGCGCGCGGUGAGGGAUCGGCAGUUAUCUUGCUCAAGCGCUUGGACGACGCCCUCCGCAAUGGCGACACCAUCCGUGCUGUGAUCCGCAACACAGGAUCCAAUCAAGAUGGGCGUACACUAGGCAUCACUCAGCCUAGUGAAGAAGCUCAGAUCGAUCUUAUCAAGCAAACGUACCAGCGAGCUGGCAUCAACAUGGCUCCUACAAGGUUCUUCGAAGCACACGCCACAGGCACACCAGUCGGUGAUCCCGUGGAAGGAAAUGCCAUUGGCACCGCAUUUCGCGAGUACCGCAGCGAGCAUGAGCCGUUGUAUAUCGGCGCUGUUAAAGCGAACAUCGGCCAUCUGGAAGGCUGCAGCGGCCUUGCUGGCAUAAUAAAGGCCAUCCUGGUCCUCGAGAAGGGUAUUAUUCCCCCCAUCGCGGGAUUCGAGUCUCUCAAUGGCCGGAUAGACGCAAAGAAACUGCACCUUCAUUUUCCAACGGAGGCGGUUCCGUGGCCCACUGUUCCCGUUCGUCGGGCCUGUAUCAAUUCCUUUGGUUUUGGUGGUACCAAUGCCGUUGCCAUUUUGGAUGAUGCAUAUCAUUACUUCAAGCUCAAUGGUAUCCAGGGAUUCCAUCGGACACAGCUUGGUGCGUCUAAAAAUAGACAGCUGGGAGGCCUGAAUGGAUCCCAAAUCAAAGGAGAGAAUCAAAUUUCCAUUAAUGGAGUCACCAAUGGAGUAGAUGGCCAUGGAAAAAAUGCCGAUGACCAUACGCAAAACGAAAUCAGUCACACGAGCUUUCCUGGCAAUGCAGAAAGGACAAUAAGUGAGAUAGAAGGCUUACCGUACGAGGUGACCCCUCCCAGACUACUCGUCUGGUCCGCUUCAGACCAGCAAGGAGCCCAGAACAUAUCUAAGGACUACAAAAAUUAUCUAAGCACCGAAGCUGUAGAUUUAGAUGAUUUGGCGUAUACCUUCGCUAUCAGGAGGAGCCAUUUCAAAUGGAGAAACUUCAGCGUUGUUUCUUCAACAGACAGAGAAAUCGAACCCUCUACUCCAGUGAAAGCCGCAGCAAACGAAGGAGAAAUUGCAUUUGUUUUCACUGGCCAAGGAGCUCAGUACCUCGGCAUGGGACGUCAUCUUCUCUCGUAUCCCAUCUUCCGGGACUCUCUUACUCGAUCAGACCAUUGUCUGCGACAACUGGGCUGUCAAUGGUCACUUCUGGACAUCAUAUCAGGAAAGGUUGAGAUAGAUAUUGAUAGCCCUGAAUAUAGCCAGCCGCUUACCACGUGCCUUCAACUGGCUCUUGUGGAUCUUCUCUGUAGUUUUGACAUUGUGCCUUCGAUGGUCCUCGGCCACUCCUCAGGAGAAGUUGCAGCUGCAUAUGCUUCUAGUAUCUUCUCGUCCCAUUCGGCUAUCAAGAUUGCAUAUUGGAGAGGCCAGCUUUCCGCUCAACUCAUUCGGCAAGUCCAAGGGCUGACGAUGAUGGCGGUGGGCCUCUCAAAGGAACAAACAAUACCAUACCUCGACCAAUUGUACGAGUCUGAUGGAUCGCUAAAUGUUGCAGUAGGCUGUGUAAACAGCCCUAGUAGCGUCACAUUGACUGGAAAGGCAGACCAGCUGGCAAAACUGGAAACUUGGCUCAAGGAUAAAGGCAUAUUUGCGCGUAAGCUGCGUGUUAAUGUCUCAUAUCACUCUCGCUUUAUGAAUCCUAUUGCAGAGGACUAUUGCAAAGCUAUAGAAGGACUUCAGAUAAACCAAAGUUCAGGAUUCGUUCCGAUGGUCUCGUCAGUGACAGGUGACAUUGUGACUGUGACAAUGCUAGGGUCCCCGGACUACUGGGUUCGCAAUUUGACCUCGACGGUCGAGUUUGAGGCUGCCUUCUCAAAGCUUCUGGCCGUAGCAAGCACAAAACCACGCAAGCAACUAGGGAAGAGCGUCUCUGUGAAUCAUAGCCUUCUGAAACAUGUGCUGGAGAUUGGUCCACAUGGGGCGCUCCAGGGCCCCAUCCGCGAUAAUAUGAAGGCAUUGGACGGCACGCCGAAGCUCAACUAUAUUGCCUCUCUGAAUCGCUCCCAAGAUGCCUCUUUUGCCUCACUCAAUGCGGUGGGGACGUUACACUGUCUUGGAUAUCCCGUAAAUCUCCUUCGCGCCAACGACCUCGAUGGCUUUCCACGGCCCACACCUGCAAAUAUACCCAGAUAUCCAUUCAACCAUGCACAAUCCUAUUGGAGAGAGGGUCAACUAAGCCGUAACCUUCGUUUUCGCUCCAUAGGUCGACACGAUCUCCUGGGUACCCGCGGUCUGGACUGGAACCCUCUCAUGGCGCAAUGGCGCAACGUAAUGCGGCUGAACGAGUUGCCCUGGCUAGAAGAUCAUACUAUCGGCGGCGAGAUCGUAUUCCCCGCCGCGGGCAUGAUCUCCAUGGCUGUUGAAGCUCUGACACAACUCCUGGAAGAUGAUGUGUCUCUCCAGGGCAUUGAUAUCAAAAAUGUCGCAUUUUCUCAUGCGAUCAGCUUUCUACGCGGGGUCGACAACAUUGAAACGCAACUGACUCUUUCACGGCCAUCGCAGACUUCUGACCACACAAAAUGUGGAUCGAUCCGAGCUGUUGUUGACACCUAUGACCGGAGCAGAGUCACCUCAUCUGGCCCGUGGGCACGGUACGGGACACUGAAGGAUUGGAUCGUUGAUAUAGGUCAGGCGUGCAAGGGCCCGGAGAAAAAUGCAUAUGAUAUUGCUGAGGAUAUUACGGUACGCUACGGCCCAGCGUUCCAAAAUCUUGAGCACAUGCGCGUAGGCACCCAGGGAGAAGCUAUCGCCCAUGUUAACACAGAGACCUGGAAAUUGAAAUCACCAGGAGUAGUUACGCCACACUUCAUGGUUCAUCCGGCCACACUGGAUGGUCUUGCACAGCCUCUACUGCAAGCCCUACUUGCGCAAGAGCGUAAGGUCGUGCCCACGAUGGUCCCAGUGCGUUUGGCCCGUCUGUGGAUCGAUUGCAGUGCCAAUGCACUCAGCGUAGGCAGGCUCAAAGUAGCUGCGAGAUGUUCCUUCCGGGGCUACCGUGGAGGAUCAGCCGAUGUGGUAGCUACGGCUCCAGAUUCAGGAAAGCCUGUUAUCUUCUUAAACGGGCUUGAGACGACCUUCAUCAGCAGCGCCAAUCUUGCUAAUCCCCGAGAAGCGGCUAGCAGUCGACCCCUAUGCAACCAACUGACCUGGAAGCCUGAUAUAGAAGCAAUGACGCACGAGCAAGUGUUGCUUUAUAGUGUUCACGGCAGGCCACGACUCCCAGUUGAUGCGGUGAAAGAUUACCUGGAGCUAAUGAUAGCUGUCAUGUGCUUUAUUCAGGACACACUUGCCUUUAUAGACGAGCACCCUGAAAUUAAACUGCCUUGGCAUCUAGACGCCUACAUCGAUUGGAUGAGGUAUCAGCAAGGUCGACUUCAAAAUGGUGAGGCACUUGUUACGGAGCAGGCAGUGCAGCAGAUGCGGGAUAGCGGCGAGACUCGAGAAAACCUGGUAAAGAAGAUCGAAAACUCAGGCGUUGACGGCUUCUUCUUCAUGCAUAUUGGUCGAAAUCUAACCAAGAUGCUCCGUGGCGAAAUCGACCCUCUAGCUUUCAUGUUCCACGACGGGCUGGCUGAUAGGUACUACGAGAAGAUGUUAGCCAAUGACCACCACGCAUAUCCCGCCUCCCGGUACAUCGACCUCCUAUCUUUCAAGAACCCGUCCAUGAAAAUUCUUGAGGUCGGUGCAGGCACGGGCGGCCAGGCCAUGCGCCUACUGGAGGCGAUGAGCAGCGAUGGCGUCAAGAAGUGGGCGCACUAUGACUACACCGAUAUCUCACCCAGCUUCUUCAGCCAGGCCCGCGUCAAGUUUGCCAAAUACGUUGACCAGAUGCAGUUCAGGGUAUGCGACAUCUCCAAGGAUCUUACCUCACAAUCAUUUGAGGAGGGAAGUUAUGACCUGGUGGUUGCUUCAGACGUCCUCCACGCCACCGACAAGCUGGGCGAGUCACUACGGCACAUACGGAAGUUGCUCAAGCCUGACGGGAAAUUGCUACUCUUUGAAACUACGCGCACCGAGGCCCUGCAAGUUACCUUUGCAUUCGGCCUGCUAAAGGGAUGGUGGAACCCGCUAAAAUACGAGGAGCGCUCUCCGUAUAGCCCGUGUCUGACAGUGGAGCAAUGGGACGUAUGGCUGAAACGAGCCGGUUUCACUGGCAUCGACGUCGACAUUCCCGGUCAAGAGGAACCAGUCUGCCGAGAUAGCAGCAUCAUAGUCUCCAGCGCAGCAAGCGUAGUGGACUUAAACACAACGCCGGCACCUUCAUUAAAAAUUUACCUCGUGGUGGAAAAUGAGGUGGAGGCCCAACAAGCCCUAGCCCAAGCUCUCGAGUCACGACUCUCCGAGGGUCUAGGUGCCUCGUGCGAGACAUAUGCCCUAGCUGAUUUGGGGAAAGCUAGUAUACCAAGUUCUUCAUUGGUCAUCUUCCUCGUGGAGGUCGAUAACUUCUUGCUCAAUGACAUUUCGGAGGGAGGUUACCGAAACUUGCAGUCCUUCUUGGUCCAGACUAAAAAUACAAUUUGGGUAACGCGUGCAGACUCAUCAGAUGAUACUGAUCCACGACAUCACCUCGUUCUUGGUCUGGGACGCACCUUAAUGUCCGAGGAUUCUUCGCUUAAGUUCGUAACACUUACCUUAAGCGAUAAUAGAAACGAAGAGCAGGUUUCCACCUUAAUCUGCGAACUUACUCAGCGCUUUGUCAAACUGGCCGUUGAGAGCUUGGAAGACCACUAUGUCGUCUCAAAAGGCGUGUCUAAGAUCUGUCGGGUUUCCGAGUAUGCAGAGAUGGACACGAAAAUUGCCCAGGCAAUCCUGCCGCGCCAAAGAAUAAAUUGUACGCUUACACCGCAUGCUCCUGUUAUGGAACUUCACUUAGGACAACCAGGGCAUCUAGAUACCCUCCAAUGGAGAGAGGUAGAUGACAUGAAAUGCCAUGAUGCAACAUCCCUUGGUGUAAAUGAAGUUGUGGUGCAGGUUCGCACUCUUGGCUUGACCUUCCGUGAUUAUCUAGUAGCCAGCGGGCAGCUUGAUGAGCCGGGUCUUGGCACUGAUUGCUCUGGAAUCAUCCAAACCGAGAUACAAUUUUCGCCCAGAUGCCACCUACGUGAUCGCUGGCGGGCUGGGGGGUCUGGGUCGCAGUUUUGCAAGAUGGAUGGGGCUAGCGGAACAGCUGCAAAAGCUCUCAUUGCUGAGCUGAGCGCACAGGGAGUUUGUGUCACAGCACCAGCGGUUGAUAUCAGCAAUCUGAAUAAGCUCAAGAACGAGAUCGAGAAGUUGAAAGAGCGGAUGCCGCCAAUUCGAGGUUGUAUCCAGGCCACUGUGGCUCUGAGGGACAACCUCUUUCCCAACAUGACUUUCGAAGACUGGGUUGUAGGGACCGGUUCCAAGGCGACAGGCUCCUGGAACCUACACACCGUCUUGCCUUCAGGUCUUGACUUUUUCGUGCUCCUCGCAUCCCUCAAUGGCAUCGUGGGUGGCCGCGCGCAAGCGAAUUACGCGGCCGGUAACACAUUUAAGGACGCACUUGCCCAUUAUCGCCUUUCCAGGGGCGAAAAGGCUGUAUCUCUUGAUCUCGGGCUGAUGGUUUCAGAGGGCGUCAUUGCUGACAAUGAGGUUCUACUCGCCAACAUGCGCCGCCUCGGCCAUCUGAUGGACAUCAGCCAGGACGAACUUCUCGCAAUUCUGGACUACUACUGUGACCCAGCCUUGCCACUGUUGUCACAUGAUAAGGCACAGAUCCUCGUGGGUCUUGAGACCCCAGCCGCCGUUCGAGCUAAGGGUAUCGAUCUGCAUCACUCCAUCUACCGACCUAUUUUCCGCCAGCUCUUCCGCAUGGGCACGUCAUCAACGGGUGACGAAGCCUCCCAAAAGCAAAAGCUGGAUACAGAUCGAGCAAGUGUUCUCCGUCGUGAGACCUCGGACGAGCAGGCCACUGGGAUGGUCACGAGCUGGUUCGUAAUCAAGAUGGCGCAGGUACUCGGCCUCGACACGAGCGACGUGGAUCCAGACAAGCCCGUUCAUGCAUACGGUAUCGACUCGCUUGUAGCUAUUGAUCUUAAAAACUGGUUUGCACGUGAGAUCGGUGCCGAGAUACAAGUAUUUUUCCUAUUGGGGAAUACUCCAAUAAAAGAGGUAGCAAGAGAGGCUGCGGUGAGGUCUACAUGGCGUCCGAGUUCUACGAAGGAGAAUAAUUAG